AUGCCUCCACUAUCAAGUGACACUAGCACCAGUCAUCUUUCCACACGAAAAGCUCACCCAACAACUCCAAAACCUCUUCGCCUCGAAGUCAGAAAAGAAUCCCUGGUCACAAAAUCACUACCAACCCUAAGCAAAAAGUCCCAAGCCGCCAGCAAAACUGCCCCCUCCAAAAAAUCCACAUCAAGCUCCCACAACCGCGAACUCAAGGGCAAGAGCAUCUCGACAGAUCCCGACUCAGGCCCCAAGCGCGGUAACAGAGCCGCUACGAGCCCUUGCCGUGUCCCUGCUCCAGACGUCAACGCCUUCAUCCAAUACAUCGCAACCCACGACCGCCGACGCUCCAACUCCCACGGCACUCCGACCAUUGACGCCGCUCGCAAACCCGCCCUCAGUCCGCAACAUGCAGGUCGUGAACAUGGCGAUAUGAUUCCCGCGGCGUUCAAUAAGGCGGAGGAUGGGAUUGGUCAGAAGGAGAAGGGAAAGAUCACGCAGGCGGUUUGGCGGGAGUUGGGUAGGCAGCAGAGGAUGGAACGGGCUAGGGGUGAGGCUGGGGUGCAGAUGAAGAAGAUGGAGGGUGGGAAUGGGGGCGGUUUGACGGUGUUGCUGGGGGCGUUGAGGAAGAGACUUACGCUGCACUUUCAUGUUCUCGAAUCACUCGAAGAGCCUCGUCUACGUGUCUCUGGCGAACGCUAUACUCCCACCUCGAAUAUCUGCGCGAGAGUUUCAACCUUUGCGGAUUAA